UCGUUGAGUUCUGGUUGCCCGAAACAUCGAGUCUCUUCUUUGUUGUUCCGAUAUACGAUCAAAAAUGUUGCGGUCAGCAGUGUUUGCCCUGUCGGCGCUCGCGACCCUCGUGUCGAGCAAGCCACUGCCAGAAUAUGAGGAAGUUGUUCAGAAACUGAAGACACGUCAAUCGACGGCUCCUCCUGGCGGCCAACAGGAUGGCGACUUCACAUUCUAUCAAAUGCCAUCAAAAAUCUCGGGUAUCUGCGAUUUGUGCUUGGGUCCAGAUGGUGCCUUGUGGGGUGUUCAACAACUCAUCAACCAGAUCAUGCGUCUCGACCCCGAAACCGGAGAAGUGGAAGAGUUCCCAAUUCCCUUCUCACCAGGUAUUGGCAACAUCACAAUCCCUGGUCUGAAUGGCGCCUUUGGAGGCUUGAUCCAAGAUCGACUGGCCCUGUCCUGUGCGAUCCGUCCAGGUGCGGAUGGUAAAAUUUACAACACCAACGGCGCCCGAAAUCAGCUGGUGCAGUUCGAUCCAGCGACACGAGAGUUCAAGCUUUUCCAGGCACCAGUCAGCCCUCUUGGUAACCUGUUUCCAUUCAACGACAUCUUCACCGAUGACGGCGGAAUGUGGAUGACCCAAACCACUGCCAACCUUCUGCAGUAUUUUGAUUAUGAGGCACAGGACUUCACCAUCACGGUGCAGAUCCCCACGCCGCUCGCGCUUCCUCUCGGUGUCUUCGUCACUUCUGAUGGCGGUGUUUACGGCUGUGAAGUCCUUGGCAACAAGAUCUUCGAAUACAAGAGGGAUACCGGCGAGGUCGUGGAAUACAACGUCCCUGUCCCACUCACAGCACCUGCUGUCAACCGUGCUGAGCGUGAUGGGUUCAUGUACUUCUCUGGUUUCGUCGGCAACAGCCUUGGUCGCAUCAACCUGCAGACCAAGGAGAUCGAGAUUUUCCCUACCGGCGAGCCUGCCGCUUUCGGUUCCGUGACUGCAGGUCCUUCAGCUGAUGGCGAUGUCUGGAUGAGCUUCUUCACGACCACCAACGGCCUCUUCCGCUUCAACAGAGAGGAGGAGGGCACCGUCGAGCGCUUCCCAGGCCUUUUCACUUCAUCAAGAAGUCCAUUCAGGCUUGCGCAGCCAUUGACCAACAUUCCAAUCCUCGGCCCAAUCCUUGGCAACAUCCCACCCUACCUCUCCAUUUCCGUCGAAUAUGGGCCUGGCGAUGCUGUAUGGUUCGGAUCUUUUACCAGAAAUGCCGUGGGUAGACUGCAAUUGUAAGCAGUCCGCAGCUAGAGUGUCCUCGAGGCUGCCGGAGUGGCUGAAGAUGGUCUUUGCGCAUUGUACAUCGAAGAGAUGAAUAUCGCGUCAGCUCCACCCCCUGACGAAGAUGUGUAUAUAACUGGGUUGCGUUGCAAGUCCA